AGAAUUGCGGCACCGCAUCCAAUUGUUGUGCGUGCUAGGCAGGGCCAUGCUGCUCAACGCGAACCCCUGCGGAGUCUUUAGUGCAACCUUUAUGAUGCUGGCUUGCUUUCUCGCUGCGAGCCUGAUCAUCCUGGGUGUUGGGUUUUGGGCGAACACUCUGGAGGAAUUAGCGGCGGCCGUCGGCCUCCUCCUGCUCUCUUCAGUCUUCUCGUCCGACCAGGCAGACGAUGCACGUAUUUGUUGUUCAUUCUGUUCCCGAAGCGCGUCAUGAAUCGUCAAAGUGCUGGCCAAAAUGCAGAUGCAAGAGAGCGACCAGAGGCAUCAUCAGCGUAAAGGCGUGUGCUGGGCCUUGUGAGACGACGAUUGAG